AUGAAGGUGAAUGUGGGGAUUGAUCUAGCACUGAUGCAGGGUUUUGUUUUUCUUAUUCUCCCCCAGAAAGUGGAUCUCAUCUCGGAAGCUGUCCCGAGUGUUUACCAGAGCCUGGGCAUCUUAUCUACGCCCACCACUUCGGUUGAACCACCCAGAAAGCGUCAUCGUUCAAAUGCUGCUCAAAUAAGGUUUCAGAAAGCUGGAUCCAUCCGCAGAGAGGAGAGUGUGGUGCCAAAAUGCGCAAAACCUCUGUUGAGCAACGAACAAAUUCAGCAGUUCAUAACCUCUACAGUUAUUCCACAUGGUCGCACACUCGCCAGAGCUGACCUUGUAAGCGCGCACGCCACCAGUGAGACCUCAACUAUACUGAAAGAAGCGGCAAAACAGACUGUUCAUGGGCUUGGCAGUGACUGUUACAGCAAUAACAGCAUCCACAUUUCCGGAGAGACUGCCACACCCUUUACUGCCACACCCUAUGUGACUACUGAUGAGCUGCCAGCAGGCAACCCUCAGAACUAUUCUGCUGAUCAUCUUGCAAAACCUCUGUUGAGCAACGAACAGAUUCAGCAGUUCAUAACGUUUACAGUUAUUCCACAUGGUCGCACACUCGCCAGAGCUGACAGUGUAAACACGCACGCCACCAGUGAGACCUCAACUCUAAUAUUGGAAGAAGCAGCAAAACAGGUACAAGGUGAUAACCCUGGUUUGGACUUUCACACGGCUACACCAGAACAUAAUCCAUUGGUGUGGUACAGAAAUCCACAACAAUGUCAGGAAAUUGGACAUCAAACACAAACUGAGAUCAACCAGAUGUCCAAUGUACUGCAGCCCAAAGUUCAAAAUGUGUGUGCUGCUCAAGCUAUCACAGCAAAUGAUUUUAUACAGAGUUCAUCUGCAAAUCAGGAUACUCACACCUGUCUGCCAGCAGACUAUGCUCAGAACUAUUCUGCUGAUCAGCUUAAUCUGACUACACAGAACAUACGGACGGUCGUUCCCAGUGUGGAAGAUCUACUUAACCUGAUUAAGUCAGGCUCCAGUGUGGAAGAUGUUAUCAAACUGAUUGACGAAUCUGAGUGACCGUAUGCAACAACAGUACAAUUAACUGCCAAAUUAUCGCUGGAUGACGUAUUCCAAGAUGAUUACGAACCAGCGGUUGAUGUAAUAUCCAUGUUAAUUGCUGAAGACUCGCCGCCAGACUGUUUAACCAAGUUUGAAGCAUGCUGGAGAUACAUGUUCUCGCCAUUGGCUUUGUGAAGUCCGCGCCCUUCUGAAAGAUUGACGCAUGAACGGGCAGUACCAGAAUUGUAGCGCAAUAACCCAGUGUUACGGAGUCUUUCAUGAAAUGUUCUGUAAUAUCAAAUUAUAUCGGAGACUUGAUGGAUAUUUUGAAAAUCAUCAUACAUAUAUAUAUGUGUGUGUGUGUGUGUGUGUGUGUGUGAAUAAAAUAAAAUCUCACUCCAUGUAUUGUUGUUCUGUUGUAUAAUAAUAUUACUGGCUUCAUGGAACUAAGCUUCAUUUUAACGUGUUAAACCUGCAUCGAUAUGUCUCAAUUCUGGAUAAAAGCACUGAUCAAUUAAUCUGUGUGUUUCUAAAGAAAACAACCACAACAACAAAAGAAUAUAAUAA